UUAGCGAAGGUCGUUAAGGACAUGAGUGACUCUUUUCAGUCCUGUUAGUCACAGCAUCACUUCAGCGCACCGAACUGAAUCAAACGACAAUGGAAGCCGAGGAAAACGACAGCGUGGUUGUUGAAACGGAACCGUCGAGUUCCCGCGUUUCCGACGCCGACGAUCCCCUCCGGCAGAGCUCCGACGUGUUGGCGAAAGGCUUGUCUUCGAUGCUCUCUUCGGUGAUUAGCGAUUUCGAUUUCAGAGCUCAGCAAACUCUCAAAAGCCAGGACCACCUCUCUUCCGCCAUCGAUCGCCUCACCGGAGAACUUGAUCAGUUACUUGAAGAUGCACCUUUGCCAUUCAUAAUGCAGCAUGCUGCCAAGAUUUCUAGUGUUAGGAAAAGAGUUUUAUCGCUGAAUUUACUUCUAAAAUCCAUACAAGGGCGGAUUGAUAAUAUUGAUCGCAUGCUGUCUAUUGGCACCAAUCAUGAGAAAAACAACCACUGAAGGUUCUGGGUGAAUGUCAUCUGCUUCAAUUUUUUUCCCUUUGUACUAUGUAAUGCACCCUAACCCCUUAAAUUGAAUUAUUCCUGUUAGUUGUUAGGCACAUACCAGCUUGGUGUCAGUUAAGGACUUCAGAAUUGGGAUCCAGUCACAAGCUGUAUUUAGGUUACUUUUGAUUAUCACUUUGUGCUUGAAAUCUCAAAAAUAAAAUAAAUUUUUCAUUUCAUUCAUUAAUGAAUUCUUAUUUUAAACAGAAAA